AUUUCCUGUCGUUAUAACGAAUCGGCGUCUAAGGGUUUAAGUGUCACUUGACAUCACUGCUCCCACGUGUUCUUUCCCAUCUGGCGGCCGCGGCUGCUGUCCUGACCCUGACCCGCCCUCCCGAGGCUCAGCCGUCCCGCAGCGCCCCACAGCCUUGCAUUGAUGUCGGAUGCGAGAGCCUGUGCUUAAGUAAGAAUCAGGCCUUACUGGAGACAUUCAAGCAAAGGUUGGACAACUACUUUUCCAGAACAGAAAGGAAACUCAUGCAUCAGAAAAGGUGACUAAUAAAGGUACCAGAAGAAUAUGGCUGCACAAAUACCAGAAUCUGAUCAGAUAAAACAGUUUAAGGAAUUUCUGGGGACCUACAAUAAACUUACAGAGACCUGCUUUUUGGACUGUGUUAAAGACUUCACAACAAGAGAAGUAAAACCUGAAGAGGUAAGAAAAGUGUUACUCACUGAAAUUCUCCAGGCCUGUCAUAAACACUACCACCUGUUCAGAACAUUGCCUACAGAAAUAUUUAAAAAUGACACAAAGAAUAUCCAUGAGAUUUCAGGAAUAUCAUAUUCAGCAGAAUGAAGCCCUGGCAGCCAAAGCAGGACUCCUUGGCCAACCACGAUAGAGAAGUCCUGAUGGAUGAACUUUUGAUGAAAGAUUGCCAACAGCUGCUUUAUUGGAAAUGAGGACUCAUCUGAUAGAAUCCCCUGAAAGCAGUAGCCACAAUGUUAAACCAUCUGUCAUGACUUUGGCAAAUGGAAACCACUGGAGAAACAAAAUUGCUAUUUACCAGGAAUAAUCAAACUAGAAGGUCUUAUUGUUCAAUGAAAUAAUAAGAUGCAACAUUUGUUGAGGCCUUAUGAUUCAGCAGCUUGGUCACUUGAUUAGAAAAAUAAACCAUUGUUUCUUCAAUUGUGACUGUUAAUUUUAAAGCAACUUAUGUGUUCAAUCAUGUAUGAGAUAGACAAAUUUUUAUUACUAAAAGUAAAAUAAAUGGAAAUAUCAUUGAGCAGUUGUUUAUACUGUAUGGUACCAUAGUAUUCUCACUGGACUGUGGAUACGUUGAAAUGUUUUUCAAUCAGGAUCAUCCUCCAAGCAUUCCUGUUCAUUCAUGUCUGCCUCAAAUUGCUGGUGAAUACAUAAAACAGUUACUUGCUACUCA